UUUGUCCCAACGCGUCAAGUAUCUAAUGGUUGCCUAUUAAUUUGCGCCUCAACGCCCUUGUUCAUCUCUUACCAUUUCUUCGUUCCCCCACUAACCCAACCAAAAGAAUAUCCUAAAAAUUUUACCCAGGAAAACAACCUACAAAUCCCUUGAACCUUGACCAUCCCCAGUUGACAAUUUUGUUCCAGCUUGGAAGGAUUUUCCCUUGAGAAUUUUCCAAUCCUGGUUAAUAAAAUUCAAAUCUUUGAAUACCCUGAAAAUUUGUCUUUUCCGUAUUUAGUCACUUUCUUGUAGAAUUUGAGGGUUUUCAAUAAAUGGAAACUUUGAAUCGCUUUUACUGUCGGAAGCGUUCCAGGUUUCGUGGAAUUUUCAAUGGGCUUUGUUUGUCUUUCGUGGUACUUUUUUUUUUCUUUCUUCAAAGUCCACUUUCUAAGAAAACUUAUUCUGUUAGAAGGGAAAUUGCUGUGACAAGUUGGAACACAUCUAGUUAUAAUCAUUUGGGGGGAAGCAGGAAUCUCAAACUCUGUGGGAGUUUGUAUAAGCAUAAAGGUUACAGUACAAAAUGUGAAUAUUUGAAGGCAAAUCCUCAAUGCAAUUCAGGGGGUUUCUUCAAUUAUCUUUUGUUCUUUUACUGUAACUGUGAAAGCUUUAGUGUUUUGGGGUAUGUGACUCUUGCCAUUUGGUUGAUUUCUUUAUUCUAUCUAUUGGGUAAUACAGCUGCUGAUUACUUCUGUUGUUGUCUGGAGAAAUUAUCCAAUUUGUUGAAACUGCCUCCAACGGUAGCAGGGGUUACUCUGCUUCCUUUCGGUAAUGGGGCGCCUGAUGUAUUUGCCAGUAUUGCUGCUUUUAUGGGCAGUGAUUCUGGGGAAGUGGGGUUGAAUAGUGUUCUUGGUGGAGCUGUUUUUGUUACCUGUGUUGUUGUUGGUACUGUGUCAUUAUGUGUUGCAGAGCAAUGUAUACGAAUUGAUAAAAAAUGCUUUAUCAGGGAUGUAUGUUUCUUUAUGAUAGCUCUCCUUUCUCUUCUUGCUCUUUUUGUUGUAGGGAAAGUGGCUGUUUUAGGUGCUGUUGCGUUUAUUUCUAUUUAUUUGGUGUAUGCUGUUUUUGUUGCUGCAAAUGAGAUGCUUAAGAAUCGUGCUAGUAGAUUGAAGUUAGAUUUAAUUGCUCCGUUAUUACCAGUUACAGCGAGUAUCUUAUCUAGCGUAGAUGGAGAGCAUGAUUCUUCUUUAGGUGCGUCUCUUCUUGGGUCGGAAUCUGCAGAUGGAUUGCCGCCGAUACAAGUACAACCUCAGCUACCCCAUUGGAUGUGGUCUUCAAAUGUGGCAAUCUUCUCUGAUGAAGUUGUGAAGGACAAUACCGUACAAAGUCCAAUGGCUUUGUGGGGUUGGAAUGAGCAGGAUGAUUUCAAUGACCGAUCGUCUUCCUUUUCCUGUUCCAAGUUGUUUGCACUGCUAGAAAUACCAUUGACACUCCCAAGAAGGUUAACGAUCCCCAUUAUUGAUGAGGACAGAUGGUCAAAACUGUAUGCUGUUACCAGUGCUUCUUUGGCGCCCCUGCUUUUAGCAUUCCUUUUUAAUAAACAGGACAAUUUGAGUAGCUCUGCUAGCACUGCAUAUGUUGUUGGUGCUGUAGUUGGUGGCAUACUUGGGGGUGUUGCAUUUGUGUAUACCGCAGCUGAUCAUCCGCCUCGGAGAUUCUUGUUUCCAUGGCUUUCCGGAGGCUUCUUUAUGAGUAUCAUUUGGUUUUAUAUAGUGGCAAACGAGCUAGUGGCUCUGCUAGUGGCAUUUGGUGUUAUCUUUGGUAUCAAACCAUCGAUUCUAGCAUUAACUGUCUUGGCAUGGGGCAACUCUACAGGUGACUUAAUGUCAAAUGUUGCAAUAGCAGCGAAUAGUGCAGAUGGUGUGCAGAUUGCCAUGUCAGGAUGUUAUGCAGGGCCUAUGUUCAACACCCUUGCUGGUUUAGGCAUCUCCAUGCUCCUUGGAGCUUUGUCCAAGAGGCCAGAAUCUUAUAUACUUCCAAGAGAUGAUAGCUUGUAUUACACAAUGGGAUUUCUAAUGUUGGCCCUGGUUUGGGCACUCAUUGUGCUACCUCGGAAUGAUAUGCGCCCUAGCAAGACAUUGGGGUUGGGACUUAUGACUAUAUAUGUAGUUUUUCUAUCAAGCAGGGCAAUGCUAGCCAUGGGAGAUGGUUCACUUAAUGGUACAAGCUAAUUGUAAAUAGAAAAGUUCCACAGUAACUCAUCCUUUUUUGGGCAGAGCUAUGGGAACUAUUAUGUGUAAGUCGCGUGAGAUGUUGCAAAUGCAUGUCAAAGCUCUUUCUGCCA